AUGCAAGCUAUACGCCAGUAUAGAGCAUUGGGGAGGAAAGUCGCCGAAGAGAUCGCGGCUGGACAGAUUCACAGCCUGUCGGAUGAGAAGCCAAGUGUUCUUGACACCGGAGAGUCGGACGACUAUCAACAUACUACGACCAGUCUCAAGCCCAAACACAUCCAGCGAAGCGAUGCACCGAUUGUCGUUGGCUGGCAAAGCGACAGCGACCCAUUCAACCCUCGCAACUGGUCGAUGGGCAGGCGCGUAGGCACGUUCGCAAUCAUCUGGCUCAACACAUUCUCCUGCGACUGGGCUUCGUCCGCCGAUUCUCAGAAUGACAAAGACAUCGCAGCGGCUUUCCACGUCAGUCAGGAAGCAGAAGGGUUGUCUCCCAGUCUUUACACCUUUGGCAUCGCCUUCGGGGCCCUCUUCGCCGCACCCAUCUCCGAGACCAUCGGCCGCAGUCCACUAUACGUCGGAGCACGAUUCUUGCACUUCAUUUGGCUGAUCGGUGUAGCACUCGCACCGAACUUUGGAGCUCAAUGCGCCUUUCGAUUCCUGGCUGGUGUUGCUGCAAGCCAGCUGAUCGCUGUGCAAGGUGCAUCGAUCGCAGACUUGUUCGGACCGGUCCAUCGAACGCUGAUUUGGCCGACGGCCGCUAUGGCUUCAUUCGCUGGCACCGCGUUGUCGCCUGUGGUGGGCGCCUGGAUUGCUCAAAGCGGAGCAGACUGGCGACUAGCAGAAUGGGUGGCAGUGAUAGUAUCGGGCAUCUCGUUCAUCACCACCAGUUUAUUCCUGCCGGAGACGUUCGAACCGAUCAUACUAAGCUGGAGAGCUCGACAUUUGCGAAAGCUGACCGGCUGCGAAAGAUUCCAGGCCGAAAUCGAAAUCGAUUCCAGUAUCGGCGGCCGCCUCAAGAAGGCCAUUCUUCGUGCAGUCCACAUGUUGACUCGCGAGCCGAUCGUGAUCUUACUGGGUAGCUGGCUGGUUCUGAGCUACCUUGUGAUAUACUGUUUUCUGCAGGGCUUCGCAUUCAUCUUCGGCAAGACCUACGGCUUCUCACGGGGUCUAAUUGGCACCUCUUUCAUAGCAAUCGUCGUCGGAGCAUUGCUGUGGUACGCAACAAUGCCGUACUACUACCAGUUGUACAAGAGCAAGGUUAGAAAGAUCCACGAGGGCAUAUCUGGAUCACAGGACAAUUCGACCAUAAUGGCCGCCAACUCGCCUGGCGUGGACCUCCCUGACCCGGAGUACCGACUCUGGCUCGCACUGUUGGCCGCUCCAGCAUUUCCUAUCAGUCUAUUCUGGCUAGGCUGGACCAACUACGCUUCGAUCUCGCCAUGGUCCAAUCUCGGCGCUGUGGUCAUGCUUGGAUUCUCAUGGGCAGGCGUCUAUGUGACAGUCUAUCAGUACAUUCUCGACACGUACGGAACAUACGCUGGCUCAGCUUUGGCAAUCAUAACGAACUGGAGAUACUUGGUUUCAGGCGCCAUCAAUCUUGUCGCCAGACCCAUGUACUCUAAGUUGGGCGUAAACUGGACAAUGACAAUGGUCGGCUCAUUGGCCGCGAUCCAGAUGUUCCUGCCAGUGGUCUUUUACUUCUACGGGUCGAGAAUAAGGAAGAGGAGUUCCUUCGCCGGCCAGUAUGUUCCGGCUGUGAAGCCGUUGGAUCAGCAGGGCAAGGCUUUAAGCUGGCGAUGA